AUGGAUUCCUUUGUGAUUGUGUUCAUCGAUGAUAUAUUGGUCUACUCGAGGAGUAGGGAGGACCACGAGAAACACCUGAGGAUUGUUCUUGGUCCUGUGGUAUCAAAGGAUGAGAUUAUAGUUGAUCCUAAGAAGAUUAAGGCCAUGAGAGAUUGGGCUAGGCCCACUUCAGUGACAGAGAUUCGUAGCUUUGUGGGUUUGGCCAGUUACUAUCGUCGAUUCGUGAAGGGGUUUGCAUCCAUUGCUUCACAUUUUACCCGAUUAACUCAGAAAGAAGUACCUUUUCAGUGGACCGACGAGUAUUUACUGACUACAGCUUCGAUUCUAGCAUUGCUCGUGGAGUGCAAGGAUUUUGUGGUAUUGUGA